CAUAUUGCAGGUUGGAUUUGCAUAGCAUUUUAGCCAUUUCUAGCAUCUUCGUUUCUCAUAGAUACUACUCUUCAAGCACAUACACAGAAUUCUAAUACAUGAAGAUAGACGUCUCCCCACGACUUUGAAUCUCGUAAGCCCGAGACACAAUCAUCUUCAAAAUAGUCUCAAAAAUAUGUCUAGGUGGCGCUCAACGCCGCUAUAUAGAUCGUCAUACUUUCGAAGAUAAUGGAGCAUGACCGAAUGUGGCUUGCAUGGGGUUUGUUUGCAAACAGGAGGCCAUGCGAUAGCCAACAAAGAACUCUGCUUUCAACCGAGUCCAAGCCCUACUCACAAACACUCAUCAUCAAGCACUAUACGAGUUUCAGGGACCUACUCAAUGUAUACCAACACCUAUUUAUACGAUGUGUUACUAUCGAUUAUUCAUUUUUUUAGGUUGCGGCCACUCGACUUUCUCAUCGACGCCGGUUAGAUACUGCGCAGACGCAAGAACCAAAGCAGUCACCGUCGAACGAAAUACAGGGAAGUCGCCGGAAGACGAGGGAUCAUCAGGCCAGUCUGCUGCUCCAUCAGCCACCUCGAGCGCAAACGCACCAACGCACACACUCCCUGUCCGAACAGCCCGUAAAGAUCUUGAGGAGUGCGAUGCAUCAUCAGCGACAGCUGCAGCUACAGAAGACGACGUACAGCCCUGCACAGAAGGUCGAGCGCACCCAUUCCACAGCGUCAGACUCGAGCGCAUAUGUGCGAUUUGCGAGUAUGAGAGAGAAGAGAGGUUGCGCGCCCUCGAGUCGUCUGUCAGUGAAAUCAGAUUUGAGCCUUGGAGAUGGCAGGGGAAGUUCCGAGGCGGACGUAAUGGUCCACCGGCCAAGGGGACAAGCUUUAUCCAUGGUCAGGAUGUGCGGGCAAGUGUGUUGAGUAUGAGUGCAGCUGUAGGAACUUGGAUGAAAGAUUGGAACAGGAAAGACAGUGGAAUGGCACCAUGAAAUU